AUGGCCGGACCAAAACUUGACUUUGGGGGAUUUCCUAUUCCAUGGACACCUACCAGCCGACCUGAAGAUGAAACGGAUAUGUAUCCCUACAGGAAGCAGACUAGAAAUACUAGAACACUUCCUGUAGGCUGGAGAUUCGCAGAGGGCAGACGCCCCUUUCACCAGGAAACUAUAUUUGACGAGGUGGUCGAGAUUCCGCUCAGAGACGGUGUCAAGAUCUACUGUGACAUUUUCAGGCCUGUCACAGAUACCAAAGUUCCGGCUAUUUUGGCUGUGAGCCCGUACGGUAAAAACGGACACGACCUAACGGUGAUAUCUGUGCAAGGGUUUCGCAUUUUCGACAACAUUCCCUUCCGACUUGGACUGCCCGCGAGCGCCACAUCUGGCCUCGAGAAAUUCGAAGGACCUGAUCCUGUUGAGUGGUGCCCCCGAGGUUACGCGGUCGUCAACGUAGACAUCCGAGGUACCUGGGAUAGUGAAGGUAAUCUUUAUAUCGAAGGAAGCCAGAUGGGCGUGGACGGCUACGAUACAGUGGAAUUCAUUGCAGCUCAACCUUGGUGCAAUGGUGCCGUCAGCAUGUCCGGCAAUUCCUGGCUGGCAACAGAGCAGUGGGCAACCGCCAUCGCGAAACCCCCAUCGCUCAAGUGCAUCGCACCCUGGGAAGGGUUCACGGACAAGUACCGUGACUUGAUCUGUCGUGGUGGCGUUCCGAAAAAUAAUUUCGCUUCGUUCAUCUUCAAUAAAACGAUUCGCGGCCGAAAUGAUCGUGAGGACAUUGGCGAAGCGCUCAACAAAUGGCCCCUUUUCAACGGUUACUGGGAAGACAAGGUCUACGACACCAGUAAUUUGACACUACCGAUCUACGCACUCGUCAGUUAUUCUUCCGGAAAUCAUGGGUCUGGUACCGUGAGAGGCUGGAACCAGGCUGCUUCAAAGGACAAAUGGAUCCGUUUCCACCCGACCCAAGAGUGGUUUGAUCUUUAUACCCCGAGGUAUAUCGAUGACCUGCAACGGUUCUUCGAUCGGUAUCUGAAGGGCAUUGAAAAUGGGUGGGAAGAAACUCCCAAGGCUAGGGUCUCCAUUCUCACGUAUGGAAAUCGGUUCGAGCCUGGACCCAUGUGGGACGUUCCAUUUGCUAAUUACCCUAUUCCGUCGACCGAGUAUCGGAAGCUCUACUUGCAGGAUUCUGGAAAUUUGGCCACCUCACUGCAAGCCCACGAGAGCUUUGUCGCCCAUCACGCGGACAGCUACCAAGCAAAGCCGUCUGAAUUUGUGUUGACCUUUGACAAAGCGACCAGCCUUGUUGGUCACUCAAAAGCUGAGCUUUGGAUGUCUUGCAAGGACAAGGACGAUAUGGAUGUCUAUGUGUCCAUCCGUAAGCUGAGCAAAAGUGGCGAGGUGUUAGAACACGUCAAUGUCCCCUGGGAAUCUCUGCCAGAAGGUGUCAACACCCAACAUGACGUUCCGAUGGCGCAGACUGUCAAGUACACCGGCCCAACGGGUAUUCUGCGGGCUUCGCAUCGCGCUCAAGUUCCCGAACGGAGCACCGCCAUGAUUCCGUACCACCCCCAUGACAAGGAAGAAAAGGUACCCCCAGGAGAGAUUGUGAAGCUUGAAAUUUCUCUUUGGCCGAUGGGUAUUCACUUCGAAGCAGGAGAGAGCCUGUUGUUCCGUGUCCAGGGUUUCAUUGAUACGAGCUCUGAUUUCCCUAGCCACAUUGAUAAGAAGCUCGACAAUCUGAACGAGGGACGGCACACAAUCCAUUUCGGUGGGAAGUAUGACUCAAAGGUCAUCGUGCCUAUUAUCGCCCUCCCAGCACAAUAA